UUAGAGACCUGCAGGUAGCCAAGGUGUAUUUGACGCUCGGAAACUGAGAACGAACUCGCCAUUCCACAGUCUACUGCUAGCGGUGUACACGAAAGGUUGUUACGUCGUAAUACUUGACUGUCACUUGAGUUACGUCCUCACGAUCGCUCCAACUGUGUGUAGGUUAAGUUUAAAAACACUUUCACUCACACUUAUUGUUUUUACAUGUGCUUUACCCUUUUGUUCUGAUAGUACUGUUUCUGUGGGAAAAAUGUAACAAGUCCUUAUUUUAUUUCGCGAUUUUGGUUCAUGUUAGCGGUGUCAACAAUUGUGUCAUUAACUUAAAUAAAGUGUUUGAACAAAAGUUUAAAUAAAGGUAGGCGUUAUGGCCAGGUGUGGUAGUGGACAUAUGUAAUUUUGAAGGAGAAUAACAAAAUAUUAAUGAAAAUGGAAGAAGACGACGUUAGUGUCCGAGUGGCAUUAAGGAUUCGUCCUCAGAUACCACGUGAGAUCAUUGACAUGUGUCACAUCUGCACUACAGUAACACCAGGUGAACCCCAAGUUACUCUAGGCAGUGACAAGGCGUUCACCUACAACUAUGUCUUUGACACGGAAUCCAACCAAAGCGAAGUGUAUGAUAAUUGUGUAGCAUCUCUAGUCGAAUCUUCUCUUGAAGGGUAUAACGCCACUGUCCUUGCAUACGGACAAACAGGCUCGGGAAAAACUUACACAAUGGGAUCGGGAUUCGAUGUUGAAGUUAAAGACGAACAAAAAGGAAUCAUUCCAAGAGCCAUUCACCAUCUCUUCGAUGGCAUUCAUUCCAGAAUUCAAAAGGCACAGGCGGCUGGAACUUUGCCUCCUGAGUUUAAAGUAUCCGCACAAUUUAUGGAGUUGUAUAAUGAAGAAGUUAUCGAUUUGUUCAAUCCAUCCUAUAGUAAGGAUAAAGUUUACAAGAUCCAUGAAGAUCAGUAUGGUGGUAUUCAGGUAAAGGGGGUAACUUUUAAGACUGUUUUAUCUGCCGAAGAAGCUCUUUCUUGUCUGAGAGUGGGAGCUCUUUCCAGAACGACUGCUAGCACUCAGAUGAAUACUCAGUCCUCUCGAUCGCAUGCCAUAUUUACAUUACAUAUAAAGCAGCAACGAUUAGUUUCUUCUGAAGAUGAGACUACCGAAUUCGAAACACUUAGUGCCAAAUUUCACUUUGUUGAUCUUGCCGGAUCUGAAAGACUUAAGAGAACAGGUGCCACUGGAGAAAGACAAAAAGAAGGCAUUUCAAUAAACUGUGGUCUAUUAGCUUUAGGUAAUGUUAUAUCAGCAUUAGGAGAUAAGUCAAAGAAAGCUUUGCAUAUCCCUUAUAGAGAUUCGAAGCUCACCAGGCUGUUGCAGGACAGUCUUGGGGGUAACAGUCAGACUGUGAUGAUUGCUUGUGUUAGUCCUAGUGAUAGAGAUUUUAUGGAAACGUUAAAUACAUUAAAGUAUGCUAACCGAGCGAGAAACAUUAAGAAUAAGAUAUUUAUAAACCAAGAUAAGAGUUCUAAGACUAUAGCUCAACUGAAGCAACAAAUCGCUCAAUUGCAAUUAGAGUUAGUUGAAUACAAACAGGGUAAAAGACUAGUCGGUGAAGAUGGAGCGGAAACCGUUAACGAUAUGUUCUAUGAAAAUAAUAUGCUUCAAGGUGAAGUUAAUAACUUAAGAACGAGAGUUAAGGCUAUGCAAGAAACAAUUGAUGCGUUAACGCUGAAAAAUACAAGUCUCUUAGCCGAAAAGGCGACAGGAACCUGGAUAGGUGUUUCCAUUGACACUGAACAUGAUGUUUCAUACAUGAUUCAAGGUUAUUUAAAGGAAAUAGAAGAAUUACGAGCAAAGUUAAUGGAAUCCAACAACACUUGCGAACAAUUAAGGAAACAAAUAACCCGUACAAACCAAAUAUCGUUCUUAGAUUCCACCAUGAAACAAAACGCUUCCCUUAUAGAAAAAGCAAAGCAAGACCUCCAAAAAGAAAAAGAAGCGCUUAACAGAAGAUCCUUAGAAAUCGAAAAUGACAGCGAUGGUGAAAGCGGUGAGAAUGACAGCGAAACUGAAAGCGAUGAAAAAGAACUGCACAAUGAACUCAAAGAUGAACUUAUUACUUUGACGAAUGACAUAGAUAUGAAACAAAAACUGAUAGAUGAAUUGGAGCAGUCCCAACGUAGAAUGCAAACCAUGAGACAGCAUUAUGAAGACAAACUCAUGCAACUGCAAACAAAGAUUCAUGCUACGCAGGAAGAAAGGGACAAAAUUUUACAUAAUUACAGCUCACAAGCUGAAUCCUCAGAUACUAUUAAGAAGGUUAAAGAUGAAUAUACGAAGAAAAUAUCAGAUAUGCAAAAAGAAUUGAAACGAUUACAGGCAGCUCAAAAGGAACACACUAGGUUAGUGAGAAGCCAAAGCCAGUAUGAAAAUCAAUUAAAGUCUUACAAGAACGAAGUAUUGGAAAUGAAGAGGACUAAAGUACGAUUAAUGAACAAAAUGAAAGAGGAAUCUCAAAAGCACAAAGAAGCAGAACAGAGAAGACUUAGGGAAAUAGCCCAGUUGCGCAAAGAAUCUCGUAAAAAUGCAAACGUUAUCAAGUCAAUGCAAAAUGAACGAAAGAUAAAAGAUCAAGUGUUAAAACGAAAACAAGAAGAAGUCUCAGUUUUAAGGAAGAAUCAAAGGGGGAGACUUAGUAUAAAAGCAUCUGGAAGAAUAACAAAAGGAUUUUCCGAAAAGACUGCUAAACAAAAAUGGCUUAGAGUGGAGAAAGCUAUUAAUAACAUAGCUUUGAGUAAGAGGGGACUAGUAGAGCAAGAAGUGAGAAUGGAACAUUUUCUAGGAAAGAGAGAAUUAUUAGGAAAAGAACUUGAAGCUUUAGAAGAUAGAAGGCAGCAAGCUUUGGUAAAAAACCAAGACAUAACUCAACUCGAAAGUUACAUUGAAGAUAUAAAGGAAAACAUCAGUUAUGUCCAGGAAACGAUCAGUGAGACACAACACAAUGUCAUGGCGAUUGAAGAAGCCGAAGAUACGAGUGAAAACCAUGAUCUGCAGCAACUAGUCCUGAGCAUUUACGAUAUUGACGAAGCGAAGUAUAUCAUUCAAAAGUUGUAUAAUAUGACGCUGAGCCAGAAUCAUUUAGUUGCUCAAAGAGAUGCCAGAUUAAAGGAAAGUGAAGCUACCAUGGCAGAGCUGCAACAAGAAAAUAAUGUAAAAGGACAACUGUUGGAUCAUGUCCUUCAUAAUGAAAUUCCAAUAUUUUCCAAAGAACUCAUUACCAGUAUUUCUAGUAAUACUAACGACACUACGAGUUCCACCUCUUCCCGAUCUUCGUCUCCUGUACCUUUAGAAAUGCAUUUAUCUAUUCCCGAAUCUCAACUUUCCCAGUCGCAGUCGCAGUCCAAAUCUAAAAUAAGACGACGAACUGCCCAACCCUCAGAGUUGUUGUUUGGACUUCACGCACAGCCAGAUAUGACCCAUUCCCAAGAUGCAUCAACAAUGAGGUUGGAUUAUGGUAUACAGCGGGUACCGAGCGUUCCUGGGACUCUUAAGUUGAAUUCCUGAUGAUACAUGAAGUACGAGUUUCAUCCAGCGAAGAUACCACCCCAGAAUAUGAAAGAGUAUUUCAGUAUAUCUCUGUAAACCGUCUUCAUUUCACUACAUUCGUUAAUAGUACUAAAAUAAUGUUAUUUAUAUUGUUUUUAUUCUGCCUUUUGUUAUUCUACUUAUUUAUUUAUAUUUGACAAAUAUUAACUAAACGUAAUAGUAUGACAUAUGGAGGAAUAUUCAUAACCAAUAGCGUUCUGUUUGUGACUUAUUUUGGACUUUACAGGGUAUUAAAUAAACUUCCUUUAAACACAAUAACAUAAAUUUUAGAUGAAGGUAUUUCUGGCGAAAAUAAAAUUUUUUAUGUACCUGCAUAAGUGGCGAUAUUGUUAAAUAUUUAAAUAUCAUUGCUACAACCACUAAAAAAUUUAAGAAAAGUUUGAAUCUAAACAAAGGCACAUUUACAAAAAAUACUACAGUGCGUCCAUAAAGUAACGCAUAAAUUCAUUAUUUCGUAAACCGGCGACUUUAAGAAAAAAUCCCGAAAUAGUUCGAUUUUUAUUUUUUAAUUAUCAUUUUUUGGCAUAUAUAUCAUACUAGCGACGUCAUCCAUCUGGGCGUGAUGACGUAAUCGAUGAUUUUUUUAAAUGAGAAUAGGGAUUGUGUGACAGCUCAUUUGAAAGGUAACUCAAUUCUCUAUUCACUUAUAUAAACAUUAACAUAAUUAUUUAUACAGGGUGCUAAAAAAAAUUAAUUCAAUUAAUUGAGACAAAAACAAGAAUGUAUACCGGGUGGUGAAUUGGAAAACGGGCCAUAGGAAACUCAAUGUAAAAUUCUAAACUGUUGAAUUCCUGCUUCCAUAAUUAUUUUACAUCAAAAGACAUUAGAAACUCCACAAGGAAAAAAGUUUUCCUGUAGUAGGCUGUAUACCAUGUAAUACAAAAAACAGUAAAUCCUGUAUAAAAGGUAUAUUUAAAAUCCCUAAAAAGGGCUACAUCACAAUCACAUAACCAGUUUUCGACUGGUUUACCAGUCAUCAUCAGUGCUUACAUUAAAAACUAUUUGUAGAUGAUUGAAAUCUGUAUUGAAAACAACUGUUAAAAUUGUUCUACGAAUUAAACAUAUUCCAAAAUUGUGUAAACAUGUAAUACACUUUUUAGGUUUUCAGCCCAAAAUUAGGCUACACACAGUGCAAUAAUGUGUCACAAUGAAGUUAUUAUUUUCACAUUUUUGAACUGUCAAUAUUUUUAUUUUUAUCAUUUAUUGUUUAAAAACAAUACAGUUGAUAAGACACCCUCAGUUGCGGAGAAAGUAUUAAUAAUAAAGAUUUUUUAUUCAGUCAGUGGUGUGAGCACUGUCAGUUAAAAAUAGUAACGUGUGACGUAACUCUUACACGUACCUUCUGUGGCAAAUGUAUUAUAUUUUUCAAAGUUUUGGAAUGCGUUUAAAUCGUAGAACAAUUUUAACUUUUGAUUUUAAUACAGAUUUCAAUUCUCUACAAAUAGUUUCUCAUGACUUUUGAUGUAAAAUAAUUAGGGAAGCAGGAAUUCAACAGUUUAGAAUUUUACAUUGAGUUUCCUAUGGCCCGUUAUACUAUUCACCACCCGGUAUAAUUUAUUUAUUCCAAAAUAAGUUUUACUGUUGUUAGAAAACAGGAAAAACUGUUUAUUUGACAAAUAAAUAUUACUUUUCGUUUAAAUUCAAUGUUAAAAUACCACCCACCUGCCUCUUGACAGUUUGAACAUUUCGUUUAAGCGAAAAUCAAUGUUUAUUUUUUAAAUAAAACAUUUUUCUGUUUUCUGACAGCAGUAAAAUGCAUUAACAAUUAAACAAAUUACAUACAUUCAGCUUUUUGUGUCAAUUAAUUUAAUUUAAAAAAUAUUUUUUGGACGCCCUGUAUAAAUAAUUAUGUUAAUGUUUAUAUUAUUGGAUAGAGAAUUAAAUACUCUUUUAAAUGAGCUAUCACAUGACCCCUGUUCUCAUUUAAAAAAUAAUCGAUUACGUCAUCACGCCCAGAUGGAUGACGUCACUAGUAUGAUAUAUAUGCCAAAAAAUCGCAAUUUAAAAAUAAAAAUCGACCUGUUUCGGGAUUUUUCCUUAAAGUCACCGGUUUACGAAAUAAUGAAUUUAUGCGUUACUUUAUGGACGCACUGUAUAUACACUCACCGGCACGAAAAACGGGCACCCCAAAAAGUGGGUCAUUUUUGAUGUCUUGUAUCUCCUAAACCUGUUAUCCGUUUUAAGUAAUUUUUUCAACACUUUAUUCUUUAACGAUAUCGCUGUAAUAAUAUUGUUGCUAGACAGGUAAAUUUUCGUUGUAUAGCGGGUGUACCAAUCAAACUGUUUUUUUUUUUCUCAAUUUUCGCAACACCCUGUGGAAUAUUCUAGUCUUUAUAAAAUAUUAAAAUUAAAACCCAAUUAUAGCCCCGACUGUGACUGUAGGUUUUCUUAACGUUUUGUUUUUUUACUUAUUCGCUUAUGUUAGAUAAUAAAAAAGUCAGGGACUUUAACAACUAGCCAGGUUCUUUAUCAAUACAGGGUAUUUCUAAAUAAGUGCGACAAACUUUAGGGGUAAUUCUGCAUGAAAAAAUAAUGACCGUUUGCUUGAUAAACCUAUGUCUGCAAAUGCUUCGUUUUCGAGAUACGGGAUAUUGAAUUUUUUCUUACAAACUUACGAUUUAUUUAUUGCUGUAAAACCGGUUGAUAUAUACAAAUGAAAUUUGGUAGGUUUUAAGAGGUAGUUAUUGCGCAUUCUUUGACAUACAAUUAAAAAUUUUAUAUUCACCAUUAGCGUGCAUGCGGUAUUAUGACCUGUAUGCGCGCCAAUGGUGAAUAUAAAAUGAAUAUAAAAGAUCUGGUAGAUUUGGUUCGAUAAAAGGAGUAUUUUCCCCUUAACAAGAAUAGUGGCAAUAUCGUUAUCAACAACUCCUUUAUGUCCUGGCACCCAGAGCAUUCAUUUAUAUUUUCAAUUGGUAUCCUUGGUAGAUCUAUGCAACCACUAAUACAAUUUUCCUAUAAUCUCAAUUUUACCCUACAUUUCAAAACUUAUAAUUAAAGCCAUUAGUUUAUAAGUAUUACUAUUUACGUGUGUAUCUCCCUUCUCCCACAUGCAAUAGAAUACAUUUCAUUCGUGUUAGAUAGAUGACGUCAUUGAUGGCCCACAAACUUACUUAUUAUGUUAUCAUUUAAUGAUUUUUAUCUCACAAACAUUAAAUCACACAAUAUUGCUACAAUGUUGUAAAGCAUCGUAGCAUUUUUUUCUACGUUUGCGAGUCUACAUCAUUAAUUUUGCCCCAUUAAACUGUAUUUUAUUUAGUACUAAACAAAAAUAUUACAAUUCAUUCAAACAAAAAUACAAACAUUCCUAAAACAUUCGAGUAGACUAGUAGACCAACAAAAAUCUAAAGCGAUUUCAAUAAGAAGAGGAGUGCGACAAGGAUGUGUACUAUCCUCAAUACUCUCUACUUUUUAAUAUGUACUGCGAGAGGUAUGGAAUGGCACUGAACAAAAAAAAAACAAAAAUCAAUAGAACGCUUCAGAACCGCUUCAAACAGAGUAAAGUGGGCCAUGAUGAUCGCCAAUAUCCUUAAAGGAUGAGCUACAUGAAGAUAAAGAAGAAAACAUUCAAUUUUAAGUCCACGCACAUUUAGUCCUUAGAAUUAUAACGGAAAUUAGAGUAUAAAUUAAUGUACCAGAAUAAUACAAAGAGUCCUAUCAUAAUCUGUAAAGUACUAAAUUGUAAAGUUUGUUUAGCAGUAAAUGGUUGACUUCAAAUAGUACCGACUAUAAACAUCCUGGGUUAACCGAUAAUAGUAUAAAAGGUCCGGUUUCAGGUAAAAUUUAAAUAUGUUUGAUUGUUUGUUUUUCUAUAAUCUUAGCAAUUAAAAUAGAUUUAAUUUAUUUUAAAACUCAUUUGAAAACAUUAAUUUCAGGUAUAUAAGGCAAAUCAAUAUAUUUUACAUCCGUUUUUUUGUUUUUGUCGUAAUUAUUGUAAACUUUGUGGAUCCUUUGCUUUAUUAUAGGAGUAUCGUCUAGUCAGUGUUAAUUGUCAAAAGACCAACUGUGUCUACCUCGUUUGCUCAUCGCUCCGGACCGGUCUUAACAAGGGGCCAAGUCAGAUAAAUUUAAUAAUAUUUACGACCGCACUAAUUGAAGUCAACCAUUUACUGCUAAACAAACUUUACAUAAUUCGUAAAGCAGUUAGAUAUGUCUUUUGUCCAAAAAUGAAUUAUGUCCAAAGGUGUAAAACACUGAUUCUUUAAAAAACGUGGAAGGAAAAGGUCUGGUCAACACAUCUAGAGGUUAUACCAGACAUACUAUGAAUUACAAAAUACAGAAUGAAUAGUAAAGUAAAUGUUGUUAUAUAACAUACAUUUUUUACCUUGACAAUCUAACGCACUUGUUUUCCAAAAGAGAUGAAAUUUUGGAAAUUUUUAUAAAGAAUACGAGACUAUUUUUGAUAUUUUUAAUAUUCCAUAGAAUUAAUAUUUUCUAUGACAAAAUAUUUAUUUUAUCAAUUACGACUAAACUUUUGACGAAUAUUCCUUUAUAUCACCAUUUGUAGAUUUCAAAAUAUAUGUAUUUACUUUUUUAAAAUAGUACAGAAAUAUUAAUAUAUAUUUAUGAACGUAAAAUGUAUGUAACUUUCGUAAUACUUGAGUAUAAGGUACCAGCUUAAUGCGCAUGUCAUACAUACAGAAUUAUAUUAAUAUAUGUAACAAUAUACAUUUUAAAAUGUAUAUGGUUACUAAGAGUGUCCCUUAAGUGCUUUACUUUGGUUAUUUGACGGUUUGGUAACUAGCUGAUAUCUUUAUUUUUUAUUACUACAAACCAUGUUUUAACCGUUAUUAUCCAAGUGCUUUAGAAGUCAAACAACCACUUCAAGUUAAUAGAGAGUUUUUAGACCCCUUAUUUCAUCAACGUUAAACGUUAUACGUUAUUCUGCUCAUGCGCAUUAACAGAAAAAUAACGUAUUACUUUAUUAGCGGAUAAGGUAUCCCCUUAUUUAGGUAGAAAUAAUGUUCACGUUAUUAAGGGAUUACGUAUUUGUAAGGUUGCCAAAUGUCAUAUAUCUAAAUUACAAAAAAAAAACGAAAAAAAAAAUGUCAUAUGAGCUGAACCAAAGACAACUAGAAUAAAAAACAUAGUAACGAUGUAUAAAAUUGUAAUCAAAAUUUGUUUUUCUUAAAAACUAUCAGGUAAUAAACAUAUUAUAUAAUUGAAUAUAAUCUGCUUGGCAACCCUGGUAGAAUAAUUCUAAAUUACACCAUUUCUUGAGAAAUCUAACACUUGACUGAAUUGUCUUUUUAAAUUUAGGAUGGAUGUUUUGUGUUCCUAAAGUAGUAAAUUGUCUUUGGUGAAUGUCUUAAUACAUUUUCUUCCAUUAUGGCAAAUAAUUCAAUAACAUAAGUUUUAGCACACAACUGCCGUUUUAUAGGCCUAUAUUUACCUUUACCUAAUGUCAAUUAACGUUAGUCUGUAUGCGUAUUUUCUGAAAGGAUUCAAAAACUAUUUUACGUAAACACGUUAUCCCUUAUUUUUUGCUCAAUGCGCAUGGCAAGUAUAACGUUUUACGUUUAACGUACGUUAAAAAGGUAGAGGGUCUAAAAUCUCUCUAAUAUGGACACAAGAACUAUUUUUUAAAUAACGGAAAUAUUCUAGCCGCUAGCCUAAUCGUACGACAGGUAUCGCUAAGCUGGUUGGCUUGUAUUCAUGAAUUUAAUAUACUUAAUAAGCACUAACAGAACAAUUUUUGUUGUCCAAAUAUUAUAAUAAAAAUAAUAAAUGGAUGUGUAGUAA